CGACUACUUUCAAGAUGGCUGCUUCAAAGUCACUGUUUGCAUGAGGUAGAUAAAGAUACACUUUAUUCGUUAAAAAUCUGAAAAAUAAGCCGUGAAAUGCCACCCAAGAAAGGAAAAGGAGGCGGAGGAGGUGCUGGUGGAGGAAAACAAGAUAAAGGGAAAGGAUCCAAAGGUAUGUACAUUUUUUUGUUCUGGCUCUGUCUUUGUUGGAGUAUUUACAAAGCACAGAACUCUAAAAUGUAAGUUGUUUUGGAACGCCUGUACCUUUUGCCUCUUCAGGAAACAGUGUAAAUCUGUUCAAAUUAUAUACAGUUCGUCACCUUAAUUUUAAAAUUACUGGAGUUGGUAUUAAAUUUGUUAUUCCUUGAAUGCGACUAUCAAGGUAUUCACAGUGACACAUACAAAUUCCUAGAUAAACUGGAGAAAAGAGUUGGAUGAUAUUGAAGAAAAAACUUUAAAAGGGUUUUCAUGUCAAGAAUGGCCACCCUAUUCCACCAUUUGUGUUGGAUAUUCCGUGUACAAUAAGGGGGUGUUUACAUGACACCGGGGCAACUUUCGCUCCAGAGUGAGUUCACUGGGGUUCCCUCUCAUGGCUCUACAUUUGUUUACAUGAUAACACCACAAAAUGUCAUGCCGGCGCGAGUCACCCCGGCAUGAGUUCACCCCGGUUGUUGUGCUGAGGAUGGUAUCAUGUAAAUGCGAAACGACCAAACGUUUCGGUGUGAAAUUGGUCUGCUGGUAGACUGGAACGGGUAGCGCAUGUAUAAUGUUUGCAAUUUUGAAUCUUACAUGUAUUUUAUCAACAUGAAGUGUACCUGCAAGUAAAGAGAUAUGAAAUGACCCAGUCAUAAUGUAAACACGAUACAAAAUAAAAAAGAUAUCCCAGUAUGAAACUCGCUCUGUUGCGAGUUUUCUCAUGUAAACACCCCCUAACUUAUUCAUUUUAGGUGGAGGUGGUGGUGAAGAUGAAGGAGCAAGUGGAGGCAAGACUAAAAAGGGUGGAACUGCUGUUAAGGUAUGUCGAGUGUCGAAAGCAGACCUUCCAACAUCUAAAACUCCCAAAUCUUGAGGUCUCCAAAAUUUACCCCCAAAAAUCUUGAGAUCUGAGUCCCAAACAGUGCGAUUUACCUAAAUGUUUAAAAACAAAGGAAUCUCAAUGCUAACAGUACCUAGCAGUGUUCAAACUGCCAUAAUUAGUGCUCUUUUAGCAUUAAUUAACACAAAAUUAGACAAAUACGUACCUUAAUUAUAUGGCCCUCAUUUGUGUUCAUCACGCUGAUGGUCUGCGGAGAGUCCUGAACACAUGAAACAAAGCCUUUCCAGGGGACUUUGCACUAAGAUUUGAUAUGAGAAGGAGCUUUAUCAAUGAGAAGAAACGUAAGCCCAAAAGACUUGAAGUUCAGGCCUUAUCUGAUGUGAUUGAGGUUCCAUUCUAAUUCAUUGUGGGAACCCAUGAUAUUUCAAGGUGAAAUCAUGAGAUGACUCCUGAAAUCUUGAGUCUCAUGACCAAAUCAAUAUUAGAGUUGGAAGGUCGGUGAAAGUGUUGGUCAAACUGUACUAAGUCCCAUCCAGGCAGAGUUUGCGGAGUUAGCACAGACAAUGCUGGGCUUUUCUUGUUAAUGUACUUUUUUUAAUUGAUCUAUAAACUGUAAGCUUAUACAUUGUAUGUCAGGCAUAUGGUUAGGAUAUAUAUUUUAACUUUUAUUGUUCACUUCAUGACAUGACUGAGUGUAUUCAAGUGGUGACAUGUGGAAAAAAUCUUGUUUGAGUGUGCCAGUUUUAUUACCUGGACUAAAAAAAAGAUCAGAAUCAGAAUCAUACUGAGCAACCAUCAUGUGGAAUGAUCCUGUUUACAAAAUUAAUAUUUCUGACCCAAAGUGGACUGGCUCACUCUUAUCUUUUGCACAUGGAGAAGAUAAGAAUACAUACAAGUCAUUAUAGUGAUAAAGAUUGUUGUUGUUAUUUAGAGACAAUUGACUAAUUCACAUGAAAUCACAAUUCCACAAGGUUCGUCAUAUUUUGUGUGAGAAACACUCCAAGGUGAUGGAGGCAAUGGCCAAGUUAAAGGAAGGCCAAAAGUUUAGUGAAGUAGCGACAGCAUACAGUGAAGAUAAAGCAAGACAAGGGGUAAUGAUCAAACUUGAAUGUGCAGUACAGUUUAACCAGACAAGUCUAUUUUCCUUGAGAAUCAUUUUGUACAAAAUCCUGCCAUAAAAUAGAAAUUUUAUCAAUCAAUAGAUGGCUUACAAAUACAGCCACCUUUCAAUAGAGUGGGGUAGGGUCCGACAGGUGGGUUUGGGGGGAGGUUCUUGAGAGGCAGCUGUAUUUGCAGAGUAGCCAAGUGUCCAUUUUUGUUUAACUGAAUGCAAAAAAAAAGUUGAGCCUGGAACAAAUUUUGAACACAUGGUAUGUAUUUAUAACUGUUGAGUCUGUGGAUGGAAUCGAAAAGACUGACCAUUCAAAUGAAUCCCGUUGGCUUAUACACCUUCCAAAAUCCCCAGUUACAGUUACCACUCCAAGAGUUACUUGAAGAUCAUUUCAGGGUCAUUGUGGAACAAAAAAUGGGGAUCAUUUUGGGGUAAGGAUUGUUUUAGGGUCGAUUUGGGGAUCAUUUCAGGGCUGGGAUCAUUAUUUUUCAGGCCGGGAUCAUUUCAGGUCCUGUGCAGCUGCAAGGUAAUCAAUUAGUCCAGAACUUACAAGUGACCAACCUAUGACCAAACUUGGUAGUCAUGUCUCUAAGCAAGCUCUCCGUUCAAGGAGUAGGUUUAGGGAAGGGAAAUGAACCUUUGUUCUUAUCUCCUCAAUACCUCACCCUCAAGAGUCUGACAAAGGCUAUGUAAGAGGUGGGUUAUCAUUGACUUCAUGUGCGAAUAGGUGCAACCUUUGUGACCGUACCUAUAUCUUUCAACCCAUUAGGGAGAUCUUGGUUGGAUGACAAGGGGAUCUAUGGUAAGAUACAGAAUUCAUUAGCAGAUAGAGUUGAAUCUCUCUGAACAGACCCCUCAGUCUGUAGUAGACAGAGUUGGUCCCUACUUAUUAAGUAAUAAUUAUUUUCUGUGAAGUUGUCUUUAAGGGGAACACUUCUCUUUAGAAGAUGUAAGUUAUUCACUAAGGCUGAUGUAAAGAUGGUUGGUUAUUAGUCAAGUUCUUCUUUUACCUUUUUAUGGGCCAAGAUGAAUUUGAGGUCCAUAACUAAAAAAAAAACGAAAAGAAUUAGGCUAAUAUCCAGCCAUCCUGACAGAACAAGUGGAUCAUUAUACGUUUCUGGGAAACUUCCCACCUACCCCUCCCCUAAGCCAACUUUAACACUUACUUCUCACUUAGGGCAAAAUGUUGGCUUAUGGGAAGGGUAGGUGGGCAGUUUCCCAGACACAUAUAAUGAUACCAAGCGUGGUUAUUAAAGGAUUUCUCAGAUGGCAAAGGGGAUAUAAUAUUUUUGCAGAAGCAGGCCUGAAAUUUUAUGCACACUUGGUGCUGGUCCUAACAAUGUCUAUCCUAGAGAGAGUUGGCUGUGCAUUGUAAACAUUUAUUAUUUUUUUUUGCUGUUGGUUCUUUCUGUGCUGUUUGCCCCAGUUGUUCAAAGGUGAAUAACGCUAUCCGCCAGAUAAAUCUCUAUGCACUGAAUAGCGCAAUUGGUUUCCCGAGGACUUAUUCCUGGAAAGUGACUUAUCCAAUGGAUAGUGGUAUCUUAUCUUUAAACUACUGGGGCCAGAUGUUUUUUAUUCUUGUUUAUAAGGUUGGUCCAUUUCAAGAAGCUGCAUUUGCUCUAUCACCCAGUACAGUGGACAGACCAUCUUACACAGACCCACCCGUCAAGACAAAAUUUGGAUAUCACAUUAUUAUGAUCGAAGGAAAAAAAUGAAAUCUUUUUCCAUAAAUUUCUUGCAUUGCUAAUACGAAGGUCCACGUAUUUCUGUCCAAAAAUUAACGUUUUUUCCAUGCUACAACAAGGGCUUGGAAAAACUUGAAUUCCAGCUUGUCCUUUGGGCAAGCAUUUCUCUCAUUUCUCUCCUUCUUGCUCGUCUUAGUUAAUGAUUUUGUUAGAGGGUGACUUGCUGGGACCCUCGCUUAUCGCACACACAGCUUGAAGUUCGGUCGUUUUGAUACAAAGUCGUUUCGAUACAAGUCGUUUUGAUACGAACUCAAGCACUUAUAUUGCACAAAAAUUUUGAUCACUUCAAGUAUAUAGUUUGUGGGUGAACAAGAAAAACAUUUUGGGUGAAUAUUCUUCGUUCUUUAAGCCGAGUAGGUAGAACUAUUAACACCUAAACUGAAUAGGCUUGUAUCGAAACGACCGUAAACCAC